CCCUCCACCAUGGAGCUGAGCCUGACCUCCCCACCUCCCUCAUCUCCCGUGACGGGCAGCCAAGGAGAUGAUUCCUGUGGGAUCAAUGUCACCGAUGUGACCAUAGAUGGUGUCACACUGUUCAUCUGCCUCUGUGGGCUGAUUGGGAAUGGAGCUGUUCUCUGGCUCCUUGGAUUCCACAUCCGCAGGAACCCCAUCACCGUCUACAUCCUCAACCUGGCUGUGGCCGACUUCACCUUCAUCGUCUUCAUGGUCGCCUCCUUUGUGAUCCGCCUGCUGUAUGAUGUGUCCUGCUCCAAUGUUGUGUCCGUGACACACCUGAUUUGCCUUCUCCUGCUAACCCUGUUCUCCUACAACAUGGGGCUGUACCUGCUGACAGCCAUCAGCAUCGAGAGGUGUAGCUCGAUUCUCUUCCCCCUCUGGUACCGCUGCCGCCGUCCCCAGCACCUGUCCUGGGUGGUGUGUGCCCUGCUCUGGGCACUCUCCAUCGCUGUCAUGGUGGUGGUGACCGCAUCGCUGUCAUGUCUCUCCUCCCGCUCCCACCAAGAACGAGGUGAAGGGGUUGGUGCUGCUGUGGAUGCAGGUGAGCAGCAAAACAACUUGGGAGGACACAACGAUGUAACCGAGCUGCUGCAGGAAAUGGCAGAGGCCGAGUGGGAGGGCAAAGAGGAGGAGAAAGAGCACAAUGCAUCCUGCUCCAUUGUCGUGUCCCAGAUGCUCCUGAGGUCCCUUCUCCUGCUGUCCCUGUUCUCCUACAACAUGGGGCUGUACCUGCUGACAGCCAUCAGCAUCGAGAGGUGUAGCUCGAUUCUCUUCCCCCUCUGGUACCGCUGCCGCCGUCCCCAGCACCUGUCCUGGGUGGUGUGUGCCCUGCUCUGGGCACUCUCCAUCGCUGUCAUGGUGGUGGUGACCUCCCUCUGCCUGUUAAAGGACGAAGAGCACUGCCAGGUGGCUCUCAUCUCCAUGUAUGCCCUCAACUUUCUCAUCUUUGCUCCACCCAUGGUAAUCUCCAAUGUGAUCCUCUUCAUCAAGGUCCUGUGUGGCUCCAAGAGACGUCAGCCUAAGAGGCUCUACAUCGUUAUCUUCCUCACUGUGCUCUUCUUCCUCAUUUUUGGAGUGCCCCUCAGCCUCUGGAGUUUCCUGCAGCUUCUCGAUUACAUAUUUAAGCACAAUCAUGUGUUUUUCCUGCUUGCCUGCAUCAACAGCUGGGGGGAGGGACACGACGGGUAA